AUGACCACUGCACCCCCGACUUAUCAGACCAUUGUCGCGACGAGCCUCUCACCAGGGGCACUGCUGCUGGAAUAUAACCAACCCAAGAUCUCCAACGCGUUCACACUGCAGCAAUACCACGACCUCGCCGAUGCACUUCGCUGGGCGCGCAAUGUCCCUUCCAUCAGGGUGAUCGUCCUCACGGGCAAGGGAAAACACUACUGCGCCGGGAAAGUACUCCUCCCACCGGGCCAAUCUGGACCGACGAUCGAGCAAGAAAUCGAAGCGGGCCGCAAACUGGGAGACGAGUUGCAGGGCUACCCGAAGGUGCUCAUUGCAGCGGUCCACGGUGCAGCCAUCGGAUGGGGAUGCACCCAACUGUGGAACUUUGAUUUGGUGUACGCCUGGGAGAAAGCGGCCGUGUUCCAGACACCCUUUAUGAGCCUGGGCUUCGUGCCCGAAGGGGCGUCGAGCUGGAGUUUCCCCAAGGUCAUGGGCAAACAGCGCGCAAACGCGUUGCUGUUGGCGGCGGAGAAACUGAAUGCCAGGGAGAUGUACGACGCGGGCAUGGUGACCAAGGUCAUUGGAGGCGACACGGUCGAGGCGUUCCGGGACGAGGUCUUCAAGAUCGCAAAGAGGAUAGGCACCUACAGCGCCGAGAGCCUGAGAAUGGCCAAGGCACAGGUGAACAGGCCUACGGUGUUGGCCGAGCAGCGGGAGGCGAGCAUGUGGGAAGCAGUGGAUUUGAAGGUACGACUAAACAGUGACGAGGCCAAAGCAGCGAUGAAGGCAUUCAUGGACAAGAGCAAGCCGAAGUUGUAA